CUCCAAUGUUCCCCCGUUUCACUCGUAGAAUCGCCCCGUUCCAGCUCACCCGACUUUUGUUCAGACAAGCACAUAAACAAACCGUGAAAAAGCCCACCGAUAACAUCUCCGCCCUCCUCCACAAGAAGCAACUCCAGGAAAAGGUCAAGCAGUACAAGAUGUCCGAAAAUAUUGAAAAGAGAAAGCUCUCCGCUGGCUUACCGGAAAAGCCGGACUUCAAGAAGACCAAGACCGCGUCCAAUGCUGAUUUUCUCGAGGCGGUGUUGAAGAAGGAUGCGCAGAAGGGCGCCGCGCCCGUCUCUACUACAAACAUUCUCCAGGCGGUGUUGUCCGACGCGGAUGCUCAGAAGGAAAAGGACAACAAACCAAUCGUGUGGAUCGACUGUGAAAUGACUGGUUUGGACGUUUUCAACGACCACAUCAUUGAAAUUGCGUGUAUCAUCACCGACUCCCAAUUGAACGUGCUCGACGAAGUCUGCUACGAGUCCGUCAUCCACUGCCCGAAGCAAACCAUGGACAAGAUGGGUGAGUGGUGCAUCGAACACCACGGUCAGUCGGGGCUCACCGAAAAAGUUAUCAACACUACCAAGACCUUGACGCAGGUGGAGGAUGAGUUGUUAGCGUACAUCUCCAAGUACGUCGCAAAGGGCAGAGGCCUCUUGGCCGGGAACAGUGUCCACAUGGACAGAGUCUUCAUGAUCAGAGAGUUCCCAAAGAUCAUCGAGUACUUGCACUAUAGAAUUAUCGACGUCUCGUCCAUCAUGGAGGUUGGCUGGAGACACAACCCGCGCUUGAUGAUGUGCUUCCCGAAGAAGCACCAGGCGCAUACCGCCAAGGCCGAUAUCUUGGAGAGCAUCGACCAACUCAGGUGGUACUGGAACAACUACUUGAAGAGCUACGACGAGUCCACCGCUGUCAUCCAGAAGUAUAAAGAGGAUAAAAAGAAGGCCAAGCUUACACAAGAAGUUAAGGCCGUGUCGGAAAAGCUUGAUGAGACAGAAGAGAGGAAGGAUGAAGGCGAAAGAGUCGAGGAGAAGUAGAGAUUUGUAUAUUUAGUUGAUAAAAUUAAGCUUUGGUGAGUAUAAAUUGGCCAAAGAUCAAUUUGAAGCUCCGUUCGAGAAUUAAUGGGAU